UUUGUGUACAGGCAGGAAGUGGAAGAAAGGUAAAGUGAAAGUAUACUGCCACGGCUAAGCUCUGCAUUUAAAGUCUGAUUUCUGUUACUAUUACUUCAAUAAACUGGAUUUUGUUUUUGUUUUUUUCUUCAGAUUUCUAAGGUUUAAGGUGAGUAGCCUGCAGUGAUCAUGUUAUUCACGUGAAUUUGUAAAAGUCUCAUAACUUUCUCUGAACCUGUGAUUCAUAGAUCGCUGUUGGCUGUUUACUCACAUCUACACACUUCUCCUAAAAUAUUGUUAAGAGUUAAUUUCAGUUUCUGUUUAAAAAUUCAGAGUUUUUCUGUCUAUAAUUUUACAGUGUGUCGCUGUAGAGAGAUAAAUCUGAACUACAGAUCGUUCUCUAUCACAGAGAGAGUUCCACUUUUUCUUUCUUUUCCAGAGGGAUCCUCUGAUGAAAUGUGAGACACUGAUCAGCUUUUCUUUUUUCCAACGGUGUAAUUUUCGGCUUGAUAUCACUCCAGAAAUACCGAUCCAUGAGACUGUAAAGUUAUAGUGAGGAGAAAUGUCCUCCAUCAGCUGGAUUCUCGUGAAGCACCUGGAUGAGCUGGUCCAGGGCGACUUCGACAGAUUUAAAUGGUCUCUGAUGAGAAACAAUGCGCAGGGUUUUAGGCCUGUUCCCCGCAGCAAACUGGAGAACGCUAAGCAGCACGAUGUUGUGGACCUGAUGGUGGAUCAGUACGGACCACCAGACGCCGCCAACAUCACUAUAAAUAUUCUUAAAGACAUCGGAAAGGAGAAUCUCGCCAAUACCCUGGAAAAGAUGGUGGCAGGCCAAGUCCAGGCAGUAGAAGUGGACGGUGUAUCUUCCUCUUCUUCUUCCUCUUCCUCUCAGGCUGGUGGAGUCUCACAGGAAAUCAGCGCUAACAUGACGAGCACCGUACAAGCUCCUGUUCUGUCUGGAGGAAAUUAUCAUGGCCCGGUGACCCUAAACUUCACGAAAUGAAAACCUCCACCUUACACAUCUGGAGUGUUUUUAAUUCAGGGAAAAAAAACCCCAGAUAAUUAAGCGUCAGUGUGAACAGACCAAAGACGUGAAGGAAGUGCAAUUGUUUUGUCACUGUUAUUUUAAAUGCAUGUAGAUCUAGUUAUUUAAUUUAAUUAUGGUAUGCAUUAGUGUAUAAUAAAAUGGCAACUUUUAUGCACGAAUCAUAGACCAUGGUCUGAAUAAUGAGUCAUUUGUUUGUUUGUUUGUUUUUUUUUGCGUAUGUGUAAUCAAAGACACGAGCCAAAACAAAUAGAAAUGGGAAAAAUUGAACAAGAACGAUUCAGGAACCCAGGCUGUGUUGCUCUU